AUGUCAGGUAAACGUGUUGAGACCGAUGCUUUUGGGGAAAUUGAAGUCCCAGCCGACAAGUAUUGGGGUGCACAAACUCAAAGAUCAUUAACUAAUUUUGAAAUUGGUGAUAUCAAAAUGCCAUUCCCUAUAAUCAAAGCAUUCGGUAUCCAAAAGAAAGCAGCAGCUAUAGUCAACGAACAAUUGGGGUUAUUAGAUUCCAAAAAAUCCAAAGCCAUUCAACAAGCUGCUGAUGAAGUGAUUGCAGGUAAAUUGAAUGAUAAUUUCCCUUUGGUGAUUUUCCAAACUGGUUCAGGUACUCAAUCGAACAUGAAUGCCAAUGAGGUCAUUUCCAAUAGGGCCAAUGAGAUCUUGGGUGGUGAAAAGGGAACAAAGAAACCAGUUCACCCUAAUGAUGAUUGCAAUAUGUCUCAAUCAUCAAAUGAUACAUUCCCUACAGUUGCUUAUAUUGCCGCAGUGAUCCACAUUGAAGAACAUUUGAUCCCCAAUUUGACUGAUUUGAGAAAUGCAUUUCAAAAGAAAGUUGAUGAGUUUAAGGAUGUUAUUAAAAUCGGUAGAACACACUUGCAAGAUGCGGUGCCAUUGACUUUGGGACAAGAAUUUUCAGGCUAUGUGCAACAAUUGGAGUUUGGUAUAGAAAGGGUUAAACAAACGUUACCAAGAUUAUCGUUAUUAGCCCAGGGUGGUACCGCUGUUGGUACUGGUUUGAAUACUGUACGUGGGUUCGACGUUAAAAUUGCUGAAGAAAUCUCCAAACUCACUGGCUCCCAAUUCAAAACUGCACCCAACAAGUUUGAAGCAUUGGCAGCCCAUGAUGCUUGUGUUGAAGCAUCAGGAGCUUUAAACACUUUAGCUACAUCUUUGUACAAGAUAGCCAACGACAUUAGGUACUUAGGUUCAGGACCAAGAUGCGGAUACGGAGAAUUGGCACUCCCUGAAAAUGAACCUGGAUCGUCCAUUAUGCCAGGGAAAGUCAACCCCACACAAUGUGAAGCCAUGACUAUGGUUUGUGCCCAAGUUAUGGGUAACAACACCACAAUUACAUUUGCUGGAGCAUCAGGUCAAUUUGAAUUGAAUGUGUUCAAACCUGUUAUUGCCUACAAUUUAUUGAACUCAAUCAGAAUUUUGGGAGACGCAUCCAGAUCAUUCAGAAUUCAUUGCGUUGAAGGCAUUGUGGCCAUUAAGGAGAAGAUCGACAAAUUCUUACAUGAAUCUUUGAUGUUGGUCACUGCAUUGAACCCAAAGAUUGGUUACGAUAACGCUUCCAAAGUAGCCAAGAAUGCACACAAAAAGGGAAUCACUUUGAAAGAAUCGUGCUUGGAGUUGAAGAUGUUGACCUCAGAAGAGUUUGACCAAUGGGUUAGGCCAGAGAAUAUGAUUGGACCAAAGGAUAUUUAG